AUGACGGAGGGACUGGAGCGGUUGAAGAGGAAGUGGGGGAUUAUCCACGCCACUACGACCAAGCUGUUAACCCGCCUAGAGGAGGAGGUGGGCAAGGAGAGACCAGAUACGAACAAAAUACUUGAGUUCCUGACAAUUUUAUCAUCGAAGGAGGAAAGUUUAUUGGACUUGGACAACGGCAUAGAAGCCUUGAGGCACUUGUAUGAUGAAUGUGAGAUCCAGAUACGCAGUUUGGAGUCCCUUGGAGUACAGAGUGACACCUACGGCUGCCUGCUGUGUCCAGUGCUACUACAGCUCAUUCCAGAGGACAUUGCACUUGCCUACACCCACCAGCCAAACUCAACCAACGAAUGGAAGGUGCCGGAGUUGAUUCAGUUUCUGCAAAACAAGGUGCAAAGCAGAGAACAGGCACUUCAGCUUACCAGACCAGGCCACGCUUCAAAAGACCCUAGCCCGCAACACAAGCAUGUGGAAAUGUGGGAGAGAGGGCUCAGUUGGGAUGAACCAUUACCCACUGAUUUGACUGAGAAAUGGGAACAGUGGUGUUCAGAGCUACCACUGAUCCACCUGGUGGCUAUUCCCAGGUGGUACCACAUCGAGACAGAGCAAGAGUCACACACUGUAAAGUUACAUGUCUACUGUGAUGCAAGUGAAAAGGCUUACAGUGCUGUGGCAUAUCUACAAGGACAAAACAAACAAGCAGAGACUGUUACCAGUUUUGUGGCCUCUAAGUCGCGAGUUGCACCACUGAAGAAAAUGACAUUACCUCGCUUGGAGCUUAUGGGUGCACUUAUUGGAGCAAGAUUAGGACACAGUCUUCUCAAACCACUGAACAUGGAGAAGAACCAGCUCAACAUGUGGAUGGACUCGAUGAUCACUCUUCACUGGAUCCGCAGCUCAGCCCAGCGGUGGAAACCAUUCGUGGCCAACAGAGUGACUGAAAUACAAGGGCUCACGAACCCAGACUCGUGGUCCCACUGUGCUGGCGAAAUGAACCCUGCUGACUUGCCCACACGAGGUCAGCAUGCACAGAGCCUCAUCGAGAGCCAGCUGUGGUGGAGUGGACCCACUUCACUGUCCACAUCUGAAAAGGAACUGGACAUUGAUAAUGACUGUGGUGAAUGAGGUAAACACUGAACUGAAAUGUAAAUAUCAGACUGUUGUACAACUCACUAGCACUGAACAAACUGAACCUCUGUUAAAGUUAGAGAAGUACAGCAGGCUUAAGACUGUGUUAAGAAUCACUGCAUGGGUAAAUCGGUUUGUGACUAACACAAGGUCCAGUCAGAAGGUUCCGGGAGAGUUAAAUGCAGAAGAGCUCAUUGCAGCUGAAAUGUACUGGAUAAAGGUUACACAAGAGAGUUGUUUUAGUUCUGAAAUAUCACAGUUAAGGUCAAAACAAAAUGUGAAAAGAGACUCUAAAAUCAAAGACUUGAAACCAUUCUUAGAUGAAAAUGGUCUACUAAGUGUUGGGGGAAGACUACAGAACUCACAAGUAUUCUGAGCUAUUGGUUCAGUCAUGUCAUGAAAGGGUGAUGCAUUCUGGUGUAAGAGACACAUUGAUUCAAGUCAGAGAACAUUACUGGAUUUGAGAGGGAGACAGCUUGUAAAACGCAUUGUUUCAGGUUGUUACAUUUGCACAAAACUAAAGGUUAAAGCAGCACAGCAGAUUACU